AUGCAAGAAACCGAAUCGGCUCUUUACGGCGCUCUCGUAACACUACGCUCGAUGAGCCCAACGACGGUAAUUCAAGCCACUGCAAAGCCAGACUCGGUGCAUAAGCCGAAGGCUGCACGAAUUGACGAAUGGUCAAAACUGCCGCUCCGAAAUUGGUCCGACAUGGACCGCUGGCAGGCUGCGAUAGGCAAUACGUUCACCAUCGAACAGCCGCAGAGGAUAGCGUUCACGGGAAGCUCCGGGGUUGGCCAUGCAAUGCCAAUCUCACCGACGGCUCAUACCCACCCCCCUCAAGGAGAAGGGGAAGUGCGAGGGUCGGCCCUUUAUGCGUGGCAGCCAAGAGAGGAUGUUCAUAUGGGCAACCCAUACGAGACCCACCUUCGGCCUCCGGGGAUGGUGUCUUCCCCUGUAUACUCGAGGGGCCAGGCUUCUCGGUCAGGUGUGACCUCCCCCGACCGAUUGCUCGAGUUUACCAGCAUCACUGGGACAGAUGAGAGUCAAAGAGAAAAUGAUCAGUCCACCAAGGCGGACGAGCUGUCGAAAAGCCAGCCAAGCAUAUAUUUUUAA